CUUAUUUUCUAUGAUAAAAUGGAAAAUAUGUUACUCAAUAUGGAUUGCAUGUUGAUAUCAUUGGAUGUGUAUAUCGUACUAUUGUAGACACGUCAAACAUUAUGGAUAAGAGCACUUCGAUUUCGCAAUUACUUGCGAUAUCUCCCGAGAGUCUGGCUGAUGACCUGGCUUGGUUCCUUGAAGGUUUUGAUGCUCCUUGUAGUUUAUCUGAUAUUGAACCGUGGCGUAACGAAGCCUUAGGUCGAUACUUUGUGGACAAUGUGGAACAGCAUGGUGACGAUCAGCCUUCUUCGGUAGAAGCGGAGCCAGCUAAUGAGGAUGAUGUGGACUCUCUAGACAUGAGGGUUGUGAUAGAACUCAAUGAGAUUAUAAAGCGUGUGGACUCCGCUCGUGAGCGUUGGCAGGAUGACAUGAUGGAGACUUUUAUGCGUCAUGAAGAGGAGAUUUGUGAGUUCUCUACUGAUAUGAAUUACUGUGAUUCCACUUUGAAGUUGAUUGAAGAGGCGUUGAUGAAGCAUUACAAGAGUUUGGAGGCUGCUUCUACAGACAUAAAGAACCUUCAUUCUGAAUCUGCUGAAUUAUCUACUUGUCUGGAUAAUCGUCAGGCGUUUAUAAAGGCACUCCAGACGUACAUUGACGAUAUUUCUAUUCCCCCUUCACUGAUAAUGUCUCUGCGUAAGGAGCCUGUUGGUGAGGGUUACAUAAAGCACUUGCAUGAGUUUGCUCAAAAAUCGCAAAAAAUCAAGACCGUUUAUGGCGGCGUUUCAUAUCCAUCACUUCAGCUUACGCGUAUCGCAAUUCAUCAGUUGGACAUUGAAAUAGUGCAUCGUAUAUACAGCUUCAUCUGUAUUGAGAUCGAGCGUUUCAAGACCCCUAAGGCUAACAUUCAGAUGAUACAGGACCAUUAUUUUAUGCGUUUGCAGCCAUUGAUGUCAUUUAUUAGGGAAACAAAUCCUAAUUAUGCUACUGAGAUAAAGACUCUAUAUGGCAAGACUAUGCGUAAGAAGUAUUAUCAUUUAUUUUCGAGUUAUUACAAUUCACUGGAGCAUUAUUGUGCUAAGAACCGCUAUCGUGACAUAAGUGUGUUGACUGAUAGUUCUAUCAAGCAUCCAGGUGGUUAUUUUACGCUGGAUGGCCGUGAUGCAUUGGUUCUUUCAUUCAAGGAUGACCCUUUGGUUUGUACUGGUAUUACGCCAGGCAGUCUUACUAUUGAGAUGAUAUUGAAAUCAUUUCUUAAGUUACUUGGUGACAGUGCAUCCAGUGAGUAUAUUUUCAUAAGUCGGUUUUUUGAAUCUGAUCCUACUUCUGUGUUCCACUACAUUUUUGAGGACACUGUGGUAUUUUUACGUUCUCGUGUUGGUGAUUUGCUAAAGUAUUCCUGUGAUGUUGUUAUGCUAAGUGCUUUAUCUUUAUUGAUUGGUGCUAAUCGUAAGGUUAUGAUCGAUCGUGAUAUAACUGCUUUGGAUGAUGCUUUGGGCACGAUCCAAUCAGAGCUACACAUGAAAUCUAUGUAUCACGUAAAGAGCAUGGCUAAGCACGUGAUGUCUUACACUAUUCAUUCACCCUCGAGUGUUGUAGAAUCCUGGCUUCCUGGUAUCCAUGCCAUCAACUUAUCGAACAUCGUGCAUUCAUUGUUGGUUUUGAAAUCAUGUCAGGAUAAGUUGAAUAUAUCUGGGAUGUCUUUUGACCCUGUGGAUCAUUUAAUUCAGGUAUCUCACGCUGCUCUCAGUUUGCGAGGUCGCGAACUUAACAACCCUAUAAAGAUGAACAUUCUGGUUAUAUCGAACUGUUCGGCAUUCCUGUCAAAGACUCAUGAGUUCAAGGAUGCUGUUUUUGAUUUUGAACAUACUCGUAAUAAGCAUUUGAAAGCUUACGUCAACAACUACGUGCGUAGUCAAUUUGAGAAUAUUAUCCAGCUGGCAAAUGUGAUAAGUAGUGAUGAGGGAUCCAAUUCUCAGAUUAAUCCCGGUCAAACUAAUGAAUCAGUUGAUAAUGGCGCUUCUAUGGGAUCUGAUGUGCAAUCAGACGUAUAUGCGAAGUGGCGUAUUGCUGCUGAAGACUUUGUAAGUACGGGUCGUUCUAAAUUUGAGGCUAUUCGUGCUAAGGUGAAGCUUCACUUCGUUCAAGAAUAUAUAUACAGGUUGGUGAUUGACGCAACACUCGACACUGUUGAGUACAUUUACAGCACGUUCCAUCAGAAUGUCGAGCGCAUUGCGAAGCGAUGCGACGAACCUUGGGUGAGAAACCUUCCUCCUCGUGACAGCAUUCGUCACUGGUUAGUAACUGCGCAGCCUAACUGA